AUGAGUGCUAUUUUACGUUCUAGCUUCUUGAUCGCUACCAAAGUUGCGGCAUUUGAAUUCAUCUGCUUCAACCGUAACAAUGCAGAAUGUACCUUAAGCCACCUACAUCCAGAGCACGAAGGAACUUUUGUGCUGCACCAUAUACCGGCACACGCAAACAUGUUGACAUUCACUCAACUCAUAGCCACUACCGUUGAUCACACCAUUCUAGCCAAACUGACUCCGUCCAUCACGUACUUGGUGGUGAAUGAUUCUGCGCAAGUUAGAAGCAUCAUACUACCAGGCAACAGUUCCAUCGAGAAUUUGUUUCUCGUCAAUACUAGGGUCAGUGCAAUUCGGUUCGAGGACAAUGACGUACUGUAUGUGCUGUCCAUAGAAAAGGCUCGAUUAAAUCACAUUCCACCCACGUUGACCAACUUGAAGAAUUUGAGUUACGUUAAAAUUAAUCACACUCCACUGCAAGAACUUGAUCUGAGCAUAUUUUGCAACUUGCGUCGUCUGCAGAUUAUCAAUCUUAAUCACAACCAGAUACACCGCAUCACCGGUCAGCAGUACGCCAACUGUGGUUCAUUGCUGGUGGAAAUGUGGAUGGCUGAUAAUCGACUCAAGCGAAUAGACCCGAAUGUAUUUGUCCAGCUAGGCAAGCUGGAGUCGGUCACACUGUCGGGCAAUUUAAUUCAUACGUUUUCAGGAAGUUUCCAAAACACACCAUUAUGUGAACUGGCACUUAGUUACAAUUUGCUGCCAACGUUAGAUCUGUGUAAAUGGAGCUUGAUGCCAUGUGUAACUGCACUCUUUAUGGAAUGGAACAAGCUUACCCACGUGCCGAUGUGUUUGGAAAGGAUGCCCAAUCUGGAUGUGAUCAACCUGGAGCAUAAUCAGCUAUCGAACGUUGCGAUCGAUGUGUUUAAAGAACUGAAACAGUUGCGGUAUUUACGGCUGUCCAAUAACCCGAUCAUCACGUUUACAAUGCAUCAAAGUUCGCUUCCGCCUAGACUUUUAAGUGUAGACAUCCUGCACGUGCGUUUGCAGCAGCUAAACAUAUCGCAAGCAUUGGCACAGUCGGUAAUAAUACGCACUUAA